AUGGAAGACGGUUUCUUGGAUGUGGAAUACGGUCGCGAGCAUAGUAUGCAGCUAGACAGUGUUAUUGCUGAUGCUCCUACUAAGGCAUUGGUGAAACAGAUUAAACCACACACGGGCUAUUAUUGUUGUCCAUUUUGCACUCAGAAGGACAGCAGUUGUUCUCGCCAAAUGGUGUUUAAAGCCCGUGGAGGUAAACUAAGGACGAACUACGACUUCCGUCUGCGAUUGCAAGAUGACCAUCCCACUGAAUUAACUUUAUUUGACCAGAUUCCCAUUGAUAUGGUCAGCACGCUUCCCACGGAUCAUAUUCAUUCUGUGUGCCUGGGAAUAAUGAAACGACUGCUCAGUUUGUGGCGUAAACCUGGUGGAGACAAACGUCCACCCAUAGGUGUAUCCCAUUGGAAAACCUUGGGAGAACACUUAUAG